UCUAAUUUUAUCUCCCCUUUUCUCUAAAACCGACCCAAAACCCUUCCCCUUGUUUUCAUAAAAAAAAACCCACAAAUUUCUUGUGAUCUUUCCCCCCUGUUUCUUGAGAAAUUUGUGUUUUUUGUAUUGCUUUCGUAAAACCCAAUUUGGAUAGAGAGUAAGAAAUGGCAGAAAAGGGGGGUGGGGGUGGUUCUUUAUUAGACGAACGGAGGUGUAAAAGGAGCGACGGCAAGAAAUGGCGGUGCCAGCGGGUGGUGAUGGAGGGGAGGACUCUUUGUGAAGCGCACUUUCUUCAAGGUCGUCAUCGUCAACAUAAAAAACCGGUUCCUGAUGAUUUGAAGCUCGAGAGACAAAAACGAUCUCGAAGAACUAAAAAAUUCGAAGAAAACCCUACUGAGAAAAGUGAAAUUAGGGUCAAUGGGAAUGUGGGUUGUUCGAAUUUACCCCAAAAAAGGGGUAAAAGGAAGAAUUUGAUUGACGAAGGAAACCCAAAUGAGAAUCUCGAAAUCAGAACAAAAGGGGUUUCAGGUUCUUCAAAUCGACAAAGGAAAAGGGGAAGAAGAAGCCAAAAGGAGAUGAAAUCAUCUGUGGAUAUCUCUGAGGAUCUUGAUGAUGCUUUAAAAAAGAUGAAAUUGAAGAAGGGGGAUUUGCAAUUAGACUUGAUUAGAGGGUAUUUAAAUAGACAAAUUGAGAAGAAAAAAGGGAAGCAACCACAGAAAGAGGAUAUAGUUAAAGAAUUGAAGUAUGGAAGAUUGGAGAUUUCACAGUCUUCACCAUUAACAACACCCACCACAUCAGUCAACAAUGGAGGUCUUUUGAAUGUUAAAGUUGGGAUUCCUGCAUCCACUUCUGUGCCCACAAGGUUUUUCAGGUCGAAAAACAUCGAUCGGCUUCCUAUUGCUACAAUGCAGAUUUUACCGAGUAUAAAAGCUAAUGUAAAAGCCACAACAAAGAAGUGCCAUUGGUGUUCAUUGGGUAGCUAUCGUGUUCUUGUCAAGUGUUUGACUUGCAAAAAGCAGUUCUUUUGUGAAGAUUGUAUCCGUGAAAGGUAUCUUGAUAAGGCAGACAUCAAGAAACGAUGCCCUGUUUGCCAUGGAAAUUGCAGCUGCAGAGUCUGCAUAAGAGGAAGAUCUAAAGAAGUCAAAACAAAGGAUCUCAUUGUUUUUAAUGGCGAAGAGAAGUUUGAUAAAGCUCAACAACUUCUUUACAUGAUCGAUUUGCUCCUUCCUUUGCUUGAACAAAUAAAUCAAGAAAAGAUCAUCGAGCUAGAAAUUGAAGCUAAAAUCAAAGGAAAAGACCAUAGCCAAUUAGAGAUACAGAAUGCUACAGGCUCUCAGAAGCAGCAAUGCUGCAGUUUUUGCAAAGCUUGUAUUGUGGAUGUUCACAGAAGCUGUGGAAAUUGCUCCUAUAUUCUCUGUUUAUCUUGUUGUCGGGAGUUUCGUGAUGGACACUUACAUGGGGGUCUUAGAAAUUUUAAAUAUACAAAGACAGAUAAAAGAAAGUCUUUGUGCACAAUAUUGCGGAAUUGGAGUACUAACGAAGAUGGAAGUAUAAAAUGCCCACCAAAGAAUUUAGGAGGUUGUGGGGACGGCAUUCUUGGAUUAUUUUGUCAUCCACCUGUUAAUUGGACUAAAGAUCUUGAAGCAAGAGCGAAAGAAAUAGUUUGCGCCUCCAAGAUUACACAAUAUUUCGAGGUUGAUUCUUCUCGUUGUGCAUUGUGUGACGAACAAGACCACCGUGAGGGCAAAAAUGAGAGUGAAAUCUUGAUUAACAACAAAUGCUUGUAUUUCUCAAUCCGGCAAGAUCUUGGGGACAAAAAUCUUCAACAUUUCACAAAGCAUUGGGUCAGAGGUCAACCUCUUAUUCUUCGAGACAUGAUCAACAGUGAAUCGGAGUUGAGUUGGGAUCCAAUUUCUAUGUUUUGCAUGUAUCUUGAGAGGAGUGCAAAAUCUCGAAAUGACAAAGAAGUAAAAUUGAAAAAUUGCUCCGAUUGGUGCGAGGUGCAAAUUGGUAGGCAGCAGAUUUUUAUGGGCGGUAAAACGCAUGCGAAUGUGUGGCAUGAGAAGUUGAAGUUCAAAGUCUGGCUAUCUUCCGGAUUCUUCCAAGAACACUUUCCGAGUCAUUAUGCUGCUGCGAUGCAUGCUCUACCUAUUCAACAGUACAUUAAUCCGUUAACGGGUAUUCUAAAUUUGGCAGCUAACAUGCCGCCAGAAAGUCAAAAUCCUGACUUGGGUCCUUUUGUUUAUAUCUCGUAUGGUAGAACCGAAGAUCUUAUGGGCGCUGAUUUUUUGACAAAGUUAUGUUAUCAUGCAUAUGAUAUGGUUAAUAUUCUCGUGCAUGCUACGGAACUUCCGAUUUCCGAGAAAAAGCUCAAUAAAGUAAAGGUCUUGUUGAACAAAUACAGUUCACAAGAUCAAAACGAGUUUUCGGAGAAGAAUAAAGCAAAGAACGAAAUGAAUCAACCAUGUGGGAGAUCAUCGUUUAGUAGCGAAGUAACUCAACAGUCGGAGUUGGAGGAUAACACGAAAGGAGAACUCACUCAAAUACCUAACGGUAACCCAUGUGCGUUCUCUGAUGAUUCAAGCAUCAGUGAGUCGGAUGAUGAAGAUUUAUGUCAUGAUGAGUCGGGAAGUUCAAGUUGUAACAAACGGAAACCCGUUGAUACUUGUGGGGCCCAGUGGGAUGUUUUUCGAAGACAAGAUGUUCCAAAGCUUGUAGAGUAUCUUAGAAAGUAUUCUAACGAGCUUAACCAAUCCUAUAGCUCCCCCAAGAAGGUCAUUCAUCCAAUUCUUGAUGAAAACUUUUAUUUAGAUGCUUUUCAUAAAAAGUAUCUUAAGGACGAAUUCGAUGUUGAACCAUGGACGUUUGAGCAACAAAUUGGUGAAGCCGUUAUUGUUCCAGCCGGUUGCCCCUAUCAAGUAAAGAAAAUUAAGUCGUGUGUCAAUGUGGUUCUUGAAUUCAUAUCACCGGAAAGCGCAUCGAUGGGAACCAAGUUGAGUGAUGAAACCCGUCAACUUCCUGUAAAUCACAAAGCAAAAGGAAAAAUGUUGGGGGUCAAGAAAAUGACCAUUCAUAGUGUAAAUGCUGCGGUUGAAGAAUUCCGUGCGGUUUCCCAAGCAGAGAAUGAAAUCAGUGACAAAGUCGGGGAGUAGAGAUUGAGAGCUACAAGUGAACUUGGCAUCCGAUCAAAUUCACCAUGUGAUUAUAUCAGAAGGGGGCAAAGAUGCUCGGUGUUCGUGAUUUAGUGUUAAAUCAACCUAUCGCUCUGAUGAUAUGAACAUGGUGUUUCUUGAUUCACAUGACGGAGUUCCAAAGAAGCGCUGCAACGGAAGUGUGUUCUAUGCUUGAAAUUGCUCUUCAAAUGGAAGUUUCAAGUCAAAGUCCUUCACGAGGACUUUUGAAUCACGAUGAAGCUGAAAUCGGUGAUCACCAAUGAAGCUUGAACCUAGCAAAGAAGAGCCAAAAGGUGACGAGAGGUCUUCAUCUUCUUGUUUAGCAGCAUAUGCUCGUUUGUAACUCAGAUUCUGAAUCAAAGAGGACACGAGCUUUAUAUUAUAAUCACAUGAAAGCGCACAUCUUUGUUUUCACAAGCCGAUCCAACAGGUUCACCAUGGACUCCAUUUUCGUCCUCCGUCGUUGCUGUAGAGUUCUGUUUCGGAAUCUCGGGCGUUUUUCCGCCAUUUUUGACAGCUUAGUUCUUACUGGUGUCGAAGAAUCACACCUAAUGUCAUUUUUUUUAGCUCCAAGAUUUGAUGCAUUCUAAGGAUGAUUUUAGGUUUCAGAUGUGUUUGUGUUUCUGUUUUUUUUUUAAUUAUAUAAUAUUUAUAUACGACAAAUAAAAUUCACAC